AUGCCGUCGUCUCUGAUUUGCGAUACUUUCGUGGAGAACAGCUGGCGUCGAGAUCUGUGCUCGAACUGCUUCCGGUGCGAAGCCGAACAUGAGAUCACAAUGGUGCGGAGCACAAAUCCAAGACUGACCACAUCAUCAGCGAAGAUCGACACGACUGCGCGUGACUUUCGGAGCGAUCUGCAUCUGUCUCUGUUGAACUCCAGCAAAAUAUUCGCAGAUACCAGGUCUUCGAACCAAGUGACAACGAGACCGAACCCUACCGUGAAGAGUAUUCUCAAGGGUGGGCCGCUCCCGAACAAGAAGAAAGGAGUUGCAUUCAAGGACGAGGAACAGGUCAUCGGUUUCGGGGGCUUGGACUGUGUGCCAGAGGACGGAGACGACGUCGAAGACGAUGACUGGGACGUUUCAGAGGAGGACUUCGACGAGGCUCUUCUCGAUUCGCUGGACACCACCGAGCAGGACAAAAUGUUCACCAAGCUCACUAAGAAAAAUACUGAUUUCAACUCGAUCAAUGCCAAUCUCAACAAGGAUACCAAGAACUCACAAAAGGGUGAAACGAAGGUCGAUCACUCGGCAAAGCUGUCGAUGCCGAUGAACACGGAAUUGAUUCGCGACGAUCAUCGGAUCGACUUGGAUCUGACGAGAAGUGUCACCGAGGAGCUCGAUAAACGUCUGCAGCUGAUGCGAAGAAAUAAAAAAGGAGCGAAAGACGACUUCAAUUAUCUCGACGAGUCCUGUAAGGACGUCCUAACCGCGGAAGACCUCAGCCUCACGAGGGACCUGCUCAUCGGGGACGCUAAGGGCGACUCAAUCGACAGCGGGGCUCCCUCAUCCCGUGAGAGUUCGUCUUCUCCCGACAGCUUCUCUCUGAAAGGCUCGGAACGAGGAUCUUCCUCACCCGACUCCACCAGAUCCUCGAAGUCGUCAGCCUACGAAUCCAUAUACGAUACAGUCGAAAAUGCGAAAGCUCAAUCAAAUCACAUUUCCACUGUGAUGGUGAACAACGCCAUGAUAACAAGCAAGAACAACUCCAAUAAUAAGAAGUUGGACCACGAAAACAGCAGGAACGACUUGAAUAGCUCACAGCCAACAGAAGUGACGGCUAUUUCCGUCGGCGACAGAGGUCUGGGUCGACAGCCCGUACGACGAGCUAGUCAUCGCGUGGUGCUGAGAACAGACUCAGAUACUGUGAUUGCAUCAAACAAUGCGACUACAAUCCAAAUCGAAGGGCAGCCUCGAGGAAAUCAGCUCAAAACGAACGCUCAAAAUAAGGUCUCCUCGCAAACGCUGAAGAUCAGUGAGUUCGCCUUGGGCUCCCAAGGACUGCAACCGGCCAGAAGUGAUUCCAAUCUCCUGGAGGCAAAAACCGCACUGAAGACCGCAUCGUCAUCGGUUCCCUCUUUCAAUGCCCCUAUGUGCAGGACAGCCGUAAGCGAGCUCCAUCUGGAUCGAUUCUCGCAGAAGAAUAUUCCAUCGAAUAAUGGUCGGCAGGUUAAGUGUCUCAGUGCGGCAAACAUCGAACAGAGCUACGCAGAUCAACGCUCGGCAGAGAAGUAUGGGACUUUGAGAAGGACUUCGAGACUGUAUGAGGAUCCGAAAUACCUGGCGUUCGCAUCAAGAGCCAAGCCGGUCCAACCGCCCGUCGUCCCGUCGAUCCGUAAAGAUAUAUACGGGACGUAUCGCGCCGCGAAAAAAUACACCGCUCCUAAGAUUCCGAUUGAGCUUGAGCAAGAGCCGAUAUACGCAGAGCCAAUUGAACACGUAGCGAAACCGCCACAGCAAAGCAAUAAUAUGGACAGCGAGAGGAAGUCCGCGCAAACCGAAAACAUCUAUCAGGAAAUUCGUGGAUCGUCUACUCUCUCGCGGAAAGAACGCCAAUUGGCCGAAUUGGCACUUGAGCUCGAGAAAGCCCGAUAUAAUUCAGUGCCAAACAGACGCUCCGCGCCCGUACUGUCGGAGUACGCCGGGCAGUGGGAUCCUGUUUCGCGCCAGUUCCAGAAACCAUUGCCACCGGGCGCCCCGGGUGGAGUUCCCAGGAAGACGCGACAAGCCCCGGCGAUCCCAAGAGCUGCGAGUACCGGAGGGGGAUCGAUAUCAAGGGCUGGUCUCUUCAAUCUGAAGAAGCUUCUGAAACGAGGGAACAGCAAUAAGGAUGACGACUCCAAGACCUGGAAAGCAGAACUUCAGAUCAGCCAACCCAGGCCUAUCCACCGCCCCGAAAUCCUCCACCCGUCCGAUUUGGAGCGUCUAGGGGAAUCUGUCAUCUAUCAGAAACCCAGAAUGAACACGACCAAAGUCGAAAGAUUCGGAUCCAUUCUCCACGGCACUUCUGAAGCCCAGUUCCAGCCGUUGAUGAACGUGGAAACUGCUCCUCCGCCACCGCCGAUGAGACAGCGAGUCGUUCGUGACAGCGAAUCUGAGCUCUCGAGAUCCGCUUCGGAUGUCGUCCGCCAGCAACCGAAGGUCCCCAAGCGGAGGCUCCGCCUCGAUUACGCCAACAUGGAAUUUCACAGCCGAGUUCGCUUCGCCGAAGACCUUGUGAAGGUUUUUGAGAGUCUCCACUUUGACUCGGAUGACAGUUAUGAUGAUUUCGACGACUUCGAUGACGAUUUCGACGACAUAGAAGUCGAGAGCACAGAAAGCACUGAUUUUGAGACUGGGGGGAAAUCCGAUGAGAAAGAUUCGACGACUUCAGCCUUGCAGCCUCUAGCGUCCAAUCUGUGGUCGAGUCCAGCGAAGCUCCUCGAGUCUCUGCAGGAGAUCAAUCACCAGGAGCUUGUCGGACUCUUGAAUCAUGUCUCAACAUGCAGCCACGGGCUACCUGUCCCCGAGAAUAAUGGUUCAAAUCAAGGAUCCGGCACCUUGACGUCAGCGUCUUGCAACGGCGGUAUCUCCUGGGCCGAUCUUAGGAUCACUUCGGAGAAAGUCCCCAAGGGCGAAGACCUGCAUAUCUGCAAGGCGGUCUAUAACUCAACGAAUGCUAAAUUAACACUUCUUUUCACGCCCCCGAAAUCCCUUCCACUGGCGAACUUCUUGCUUGAGCGGACGGUCGUGGCUUCGAAUGGGCUCCAAUCAGGUCAGACGGUCCUCAUCUUACCCCAGUCUCAGGUCCGCACACUACAAGAAUUUUCUUCGCACUGUGACGAACGCAGCGCUCUGUACAUAAUGCUACAACUCUGCCGAGAUCUUCAGAGUCUUCAAUCUCAAGGCGUGGCGAGCCUCAUCCCCUCGGAACAGCAGGUUCUCGUAGCCUCGUGGGAUCAACUCGCAUACCUUCUCUUGAUGUACAAGAAGUCUCCGAAGAAUUCCACAGCUUCACACUUCAUUGCAUUCCACAGAUUCGCGUUGUCAAUCCUUUCCGAACUCCAAGCCCCCGAGAAGCAGAACCCUAUCCUUAAUUUAAUCACGGACCUUCUGAAACGGAACGACUUCGAUAUGUGCAAGCGAGUCAUCGAAUUUGAGUUGUGGCAAGCGCCGAGAGAUCCUAUGGCAAACGCCGUUCCCGGGGAGAACGUGCGCGAUGCCCUCAACAGGUGGUUGGCACUGCAGAAAGCUCUCACCGUGCAGAAGAACUGUUCAAGUCAAAUGCGGCACUCGCCGAGCGGUCACAAGCAAAUCCUACCGUGCAGUGUAUUCCUCGAGUACCAGCUGCAAUUCUUGGCGAACGCAACGGCUGACAGCCUUGCAGCUACCUUAGACGUCAUCAAGCAUCUUCCCGAAAUGCCAACGCUGGCAACUGAAUUCAGCGACCCGGCGGACAACGAAGAGCUAUACGCCGACUACCGUUAUUGCUGA